GUGCAUUGGGAUUCUUUAACCUAGGCUUCCUCUUCUAUUGUUAUUAUUAUUAUUGUUGUUGUUGUUGUUGUUGGCUCCAAGGGAUCUGUUGCCCAGUUGCCUUCCUCGGUGUUUGUUUACAUCCAACAACUCGUCCAUGCACGGCAACCGCGAGUCUCAGCGCACACCCCGAACACAAAUCUUUAACCACAACACAUCUCUCACACAAUUUAUCUUUCUUAUAAACCUCCUCACCCUUCAUAUCAUUUUGAUAUAUACCCUCCCUCGGUUUAACCCCGUUCCACUGCUCGCUACAUACACUCUCGACACCCUCACAAUAGCACAUCCUGACGACUCACCUCAUCAGCCACCCAGUACACUUGACAAGCGAUAACACCAGCCAUUCAAUCACGCAACUUGUCUUCCGACAUGGCAACUCCUGGUAAAAAUAAAACCAACUUCAAGACAUACGAGGCAAGCACCCGAUUGCUCGCCGCCGUCAUCGCUACCAAUAAUGUCAAGCUCGACUACGUCGAGCUCGCGAAACAUGUUGGCGGCGGGGCAAGCAAGGACGCGAUCAAUCACCGACUUCGACAUAUCAAGCAGCUAGCCAAGAUGCAGGCUGCCUGUGUGAAGAAGGGAGAGGAUCCUGGCGACUUGCCCGCUGACAAAGGAGAAAUCCAGAAACUGUUCGGCGAAUCGACACCCAGCGGUAUUGAGUGGCAGUUUCGUGACAUCAAGAACCUCGGCAAAGCUCAGCAAGAAGCUGUUAAGAAGGGCGAGAAUCCUGCUACACUCCCAGUGGCCGGUACCCCCUCUGGCCGCAACAAAAGGUCUGCAGCGAGCACUCCUGUCACAGGCGCACGAAGCCGUAAGCGCCAAGCAGUGGCCACCCUACCUCCGGUAGACUCCUCUGACGAGAACGGAGGUAAUGGUUCUGAUGGUGAUAUUGAGACUCCGAGCAAGCGCCCCACCAAGAAAGCUAGGCCUACAGCUACCAUGACACCCAAGACCGCAACUGCUGCCGCUUCUAAUACUUUUCCUACCGUUGCAGCAGCUUCUCGUGCUGCUAGCACUUCAAUUUUCGGCAAUGGUGCCGAUAUACCGGCUACCAUGCCCCCCGCCGAGGUUUUUGACCUUAGAUCUGUCACUGGACCAUCCACCAUCAAGAAGGAAUUCACAACUGGCGCGAAUCCGUUCUUGGGCGCCGAGAAUGCUAGCUUUUACGAUCAAGGAGACAACAUGGAGGAGGGCGAGGUCUAGUUGUAACUCGCCUCUUGUCUAUGGAACCUGACACUAUCUUCUCCGGGGGGUCAUCAUAUGACUCACGACUCACCCCAGAUCACCCCAGACUUUCAUUUUCAUUAUCCCGUCUGUGGGUUUUGGGGAUUUCCGAUGUGUGUACGAGCAUGCUCAGUCGAAAACAGACAGACUCUAUCGGUUCAGCGUUUGAUCAUGUGAUACAAUUCGAUGCAGGUUUCUAAUUUCAUCAGUCUCUCUUUCUUUACAUUCGGCCUGAGUUGAAUGCGGAGAAUACAUACGUGGAAGGAAGAAGGGGAAAAAGAAGAGAAAGGAAGGAAAAAGAAACAAUUUACUGGCCAUUGUUCCCUUAGUAUGGAUCUGGAUUCAUACGCAAGGGGAAAAUAAUAGUAGAACAGGUGAUAUGGCGAAAACCAAGUUUUGCAGGGAAAAAUGAAAAUAGGUAGGGAUACAAGCAAGCUAUGAAGAUAGGAAGAUUCCGGACAUUUGUGUGCGAAACGAGCUUCUCACGAUUUGCCAAAGAGGGGUAUCAACACGACCCCCCAAAUGUACUACCAUCACGAUUAUUAGUACAGGGCCUAGGCACCGUUUGCACUACCGUAGCUGCUACGCCUUGCCUUACCUAGUCAGUUAAUUCUUGCGUUGUGUUUUUAA